CCACACUCCAUAUCCAUAAAAAUAUUCUUGAAAAAAUGAAGUGCAGGCUGCAAUGUCUGUUGUUCGCUUUAAUGCUGGGCCGAGCAUUCUCCAUGAUUAUGGUAACUACCGGCGGAGUACAUGACAAAUACAGUGUUAAAAUGAAAACAGGAAUAGGUGCCGGUGGUGGCGGUGGCGGUAGUGUCGGUACUGCAGCAAAUGCUGGUGCAGUAACAGCGAAAACGAGAACUUCAUCAUCCACAGGUGGUGGUAGUGUUGGUACUGCAGCAAAUGCUGGUACAGCAACAGCUAGUACAGCUUCGGGUGCGCCAGAUAUCGCAGAUCUUAACUCAAUUCUUGGAUCCCUACUAACAUCUGCUGGAUCAUCGGCUGCGGCAGCUGGGUCGACAUCAGCUACCACAAGUGUUACACCUAACCCAUCGAACCCACAAAGCCCAACGACCUCGUCCCUAUUCAACAAAUUUGGUGGUUCUUCUAACCCACAAAACCCUACUGCAUUUACCUCGUCCUUAUUCGAUAAAUUUGGUGGGGCAGGUGGAGGUGGUUGGCCAAUUUUUCAAUUGUUUCAACCAAAUCCCCCACCGAAAAUGGUAAGAACCGUUUACAAUACCAAUAAUAAUGCCCGAUUCAGUCACGGUCUGCCCCAAUUUUACCCGUAUGUAUAUAAGCAAUAUUAUGAUCCAUAUCCUGGUCAUUAUGUGUUACCAUUAUUUUAAACCAAUUGAAAUAAAAUGUUAAAAAUUAAUUUGUCAAAAAA